AUGAGGCCAUCAGAUGGGAACAACUGCUAUUUUCCAGAGUUUUACCACUGUAGAUUCAUCAUCCUUUACCAGGACAGCAUGUAUGACAGUGUUGACUGGUGCCCAUGGAAGACAGGCUUAAAUACAUGUUUGCCAAUCUGCCCAUCUGUUGCCUUUUCAACUCCUGACUUAUCACUGUAUGAGAAUUCAGCCCCUUGGUUAACUUCUACCUUGUGUUUGUUUGUUUGUUUGUUUUCCCUCUUCAGACAAGUGAGAGAGAGACUAAAGAAGCAAGUUGUUGAGAUGAAAGAGAAAUUUCCAGGCUUCAGACCAGGACUCGCAAUUUUGCAGGUUGGAAAUCGGGAUGAUUCGAACCUCUACAUUAAUAUGAAGCUGAAGGCUGCUGCUGAGAUUGGGAUCAGUGCCAAUCACAUAAAACUGCCAAACACAGCAACAGAAGCUGACGUCCUUAAGUGCAUUGCCUCUUUGAAUGGAGACCCUGCUGUUCAUGGCUUUAUAGUGCAGCUACCACUUGACUCUGAUAAACCCAUCAAUACAGAGAAAAUAACCAAUGCUGUUGCACCUGAGAAGGAUGUAGAUGGCUUAAGUAGCAUCAAUGCUGGGAAACUGUCUAGAGGGGACCUUGGAGACUGCUUUAUUCCCUGUACGCCAAAAGGAUGCAUGGAACUUAUCAGGCAGACAGGCGUCCAGGUUGCAGGGAAAAGAGCUGUAGUGGUUGGUCGCAGUAAGAUCGUUGGUGCUCCCAUGCAUGACCUGCUGCUCUGGAAUCACGCAACGGUAACCACUUGCCAUUCAAAGACCUCAACACUGGCAGAGGAGGUUGGUAAAGCCGAUAUCCUGGUGGUUGCAGCUGGUAAAGCUGAAAUGGUAAAAGGUGAAUGGAUCAAACCUGGUGCAAUCGUAAUAGACUGUGGAAUUAACCAUGUGCCAGACAGCACAAAGGCCAGCGGAAAAAGAGUUGUAGGAGAUGUGGCGUACAGUACAGCAAAGGAAAAAGCUUCCUACAUCACCCCAGUUCCUGGUGGCGUUGGGCCUAUGACUGUGGCCAUGUUAAUGCAGAGCACAGUGGAGAGUGCACAGCGUUUUCUGGAGAAGUUCCAGCCUGGAAAAUGGAACAUCCAAUAUAACCAGCUUACCCUAAAGAUGCCUGUUCCAAGCGAUAUUGAAAUAUCACAGUCUUGUAUAGCCAAGCCCAUUGAACAGGUUGCAAAAGAAGUUGGCCUACUCCCUGAUGAGGUGGAGCUCUAUGGCCAAACUAAAGCCAAGGUUCAUCUGUCAGCUCUGAAACGGCUGAAGAACCAGCCAGAUGGCAAAUAUGUUGUUGUUACUGGGAUAACUCCUACUCCCCUGGGAGAAGGGAAGAGCACCACUACUGUUGGUCUCGUUCAAGCCUUAGGAGCACACCUUCACCAGAAUGUCUUUGCCUGUGUUCGGCAGCCUUCUCAGGGCCCAACCUUUGGUAUAAAAGGUGGAGCUGCCGGUGGUGGCUAUUGUCAAGUUAUCCCCAUGGAAGAGUUUAACCUUCACCUCACUGGUGACAUCCAUGCUAUCACUGCAGCCAACAACCUGGUUGCUGCUGCUAUCGAUGCGCGUAUAUUCCAUGAGCUAACUCAGACUGACCAGGCCCUUUACAACCGUUUGGUGCCUUUUGUCAGUGGUGUUAGAAAGUUCUCAGACAUUCAGAUCCGAAGACUACAGAAAUUGGGCAUUAAUAAAACUGAUCCUAUGGCUUUGACAAAGGAAGAAGUAAACUUAUUUGUGAGAUUGGACAUUGACCCAGCCACCAUAACAUGGCAAAGAGUACUGGAUACAAAUGACAGGUUCCUUAGGAAAAUCACUAUUGGACAGUCUCCAACAGAAAAAGGCUUCUCACGAACGGCUCAGUUUGACAUCACAGUGAGCAGUGAAAUCAUGGCAGUUCUAGCACUCUCUGAUGGGUUGGAUGAUAUGAAAAAGCGACUGGGCAGAAUGGUAGUAGCUUCCAGCAAGAGAGGAGAACCAGUUACAACAGAUGACCUUGGGGUGACCGGUGCUCUGGCUGUUUUGAUGAAAGAUGCUGUUAAACCAAACCUCAUGCAAACACUGGAGGGAACACCAGUGUUUGUUCAUGCUGGACCUUUUGCCAAUAUUGCACAUGGGAAUUCUUCAGUGUUGGCAGACAAAAUAGCACUGAAGCUUGUGGGUAAAGAGGGAUUUGUUGUUACAGAAGCAGGAUUUGGUGCAGACAUAGGCAUGGAGAAAUUCUUUAAUAUUAAGUGCCGCUAUUCUGGUCUCCGGCCUCAUGUGGUGGUGUUGGUUGCUACUGUCCGAGCUCUGAAAAUGCAUGGAGGAGGGCCUACAGUCACUGCUGGGGUACCUUUACCAAAGGAGUACAUGGAAGAGAAUCUUCAACUGUUGGCAAAAGGCUGUAGUAACCUCAACAAGCAAAUCCAAAAUGCACGGAUGUUUGGUGUCCCAGUAGUAGUAGCUGUCAAUGCUUUCAAAACAGAUACAAAGGCUGAACUGGCGCUUGUAGUACAACUGGCAAAGGAAGCAGGAGCAUUCGAUGCUGUGGAGUGCACUCACUGGGCAGAGGGAGGUAAAGGAGCAGUUGCACUGGCCCAAGCUGUUCAGAGAGCAUCACAGACACCCAGCAACUUCAGGUUCCUCUAUAAUGUGGAGCUCCCCGUUAUAGAUAAGAUCAGGCAUAUUGCACAGCAGAUCUAUGGGGCAAGAGACAUUGAGCUACUUCCAGAAGCACAGGAGAAAGUCGCCUUGUACACUAAGCAAGGAUUUGGAAACCUGCCAAUCUGCAUGGCUAAAACUCACUUAUCGUUGUCUCAUGACCCUGAACAAAAAGGAGCACCUACGGGUUUUAUUCUGCCGAUCCGAGACAUUCGGGCCAGUGUUGGUGCUGGAUUCCUGUAUCCGCUAGUAGGAACGAUGAGCACUAUGCCAGGACUUCCUACAAGACCCUGUUUCUAUGAUAUAGACUUGGACCCAGCGUCAGGAGAAGUAAAUGGGCUCUUUUGAAAGGAAUUACUAACUGAAGCUCCCAGAAGAACACCUCAUGAGUCAUGUAAACGGAACUAUGCCCUGAUACUUUUUUUUUUUUUAAGUCGAAACAAGAUAUGACUGAGUGCAAGAAGUGACUGGAAGGAGGAGUGCUAAAGAAUCAACCACUAACUUUUAAUCUGUAAUAAUUUUUAAACUGCUGUGUUCCAAGCUAGUUGACACUGACCAUAUAAAGCAAACAUGCUUCCUCUACAAACCUCCUGCUUCAUAAUUGUAGCUGAAGCAGAAUACCGAAGCUUGGGUUUAGUGACCUCUUUUGAUUCGUUGACAUGAUUUUAAUAAUUAAAAAUCCUAAAGCUGGAGCUGUUUGAAACAGUCUUGGGACUUAAUUGUCUUAACCAUAGGGGUUUUGUAGAAUUUAUUA